GUUUGAUGGAUUGAUAAAAAAGAAAGAAUCUUGUGCGCUUCUUAAGUGACUCUAUUGUCUCGAUCGAUCGAGGUCUCGUGCUCUACUCGCAUGCCCCAACUCCCAACCAACACGCAAAUUCUUGCUAUAGUAAAUAUCUAUAAUCAUAUGGUACGUGCAAUGGCGAAACCAACGUGGGCAGUGGUCGUGAUCGUGGUGGCACAGCUCGCUUGUGUGGAGGGCCUUGGUGUUAAUUGGGGAAAUCAGGCCUCCCAAAACCUGCAUCCUAGAAACAUUGUCCAAAUGUUGAAAGAUAACAACAUUACUAAGAUAAAAUUGUUUGAUGCUGAUACAUGGGUUGUCAAACAUUUCGCCGCGACAGGAAUUGAAGUCAUGCUUGGUAUUCCCAACAUACAUUUAGAGUCUUUGGCCGAUCGAUAUAGUCAUGCUAAGGCAUGGGUCAAGGCCAACCUCACUAGGCAUAUCCACCAAGGUGGUGUCGAUAUCAGGUACGUGGUAGUUGGUAACGAGCCAUUCUUGUCGGCCUACAACGGGUCAAACCUGCAGACGACUUUUCCCGCGCUAUGGAACAUCCAGAAGGCGAUAAACGAAGUCGGCCUCGGCGACAGAAUCAAGGCGACGAUCCCGCAAAACGCGGACGUCUACGACUCCGGCACCAAAGGCCCGUCGGCCGGUGACUUCCGCGCCGACAUCCGAGCAACGAUGAAGCAGAUCGUACAGUUCCUACGAGACAACAACGCGCCCUUCGUCGUCAACAUCUACCCCUUCCUCAGCCUAUCCCUCAACCCGGACUUCCCCAUCGAAUUCGCCUUCUUCAGCGGCGGUGCGCAGCCGGUCCAGGACGGGUCCAUCACGUACACCAACGUGCUGGACGCGAACCUCGACACACUCGUGUCGGCGCUGAAGAAGGCCGGCUGCGGAACCGUCCCGAUCAUCGUCGGCGAGAUCGGGUGGCCCACAGACGGCGACAAAUACGCCUCGGUCGAGCUGGCGAAGAAAUUCUACGACGGAUUUUUCAACAAAAUAGCAAUGACUAAAGGAACACCUCUUUAUAAAAACUCAAUUGAAUACUACCUUUUCGGAUUGACAGAUGAGAACCUGAAGAGCAUCGCGCCCGGCGAUUUCGAGCGCCAUUGGGGCAUUUUCACGUACGACGGGCAGCCUAAGUUCGCGGUGGACUUCUUAGGAAGGAACACGAACAAGAUGCCCGUCGCGGCGAAGGACGUAAAGUACUUGGAGAAGAAAUGGUGCGUCUACGUCAGCACCGGCGAGACGGCGGACGUGCUCGCGGCGAACAUGGACUACGCGUGCACGAAUGGCGACUGCACGGCGCUGAAAUAUGGAAGCCCGUGUAGUAAAUUGAGUAAUUCGUCGAAGGUUUCGUACGCGUUUAACAUGUUUUUUCAGAUGAUGUAUCAAGAUGUGGAGGCGUGUGAUUUCGGGGGGCUUGCGAAGAUCGUGACGAAGAAUGCCACGGUGGGGAAUUGUCUGUUCCCGAUCGCGUUGGACACCGAUUGGGCGUGGAGCGUCGCGGCGGAUGUGAGGUCUGUUUUUGUGGUGGGGUUGUUGGUGGUGUUGUUGUUGCUGGAGUUUUAAAAACUAAGCUUCUCUAUAUCUUGCGUAGUGUUGUUAGAGGAUUAUGAGAAUAACGUCAGACGAUUUUAUCGAUAUACAUAUAUAUUACUUCAUUCAUACAAUGAUUGUAUACAGUGAUUCGUGCUCCAUUUUUUGGACAUUC